GACAUUGACCCGGAGAAUGAAGCCGCUGCCGACGAUGACGAAGGCAGUAGCAGUGAGGACUCGGCCGACGAGAAUGCUGGGACUGAGCACUACAUUACCGUAGGAAAGAGCAAGCUUCGCCAAAAAGAAGCAGCGUUGCUGGGACCGGAAUACCGAGGGGCCCGCGUCAGCCGCGCGGCGCUGGCCGAAAGCAGCGGCGACGACCUUGACAGCGAGGAGGACGAAGAAGAAGAAGAGGAUGAUGAAGACCAGUCUGGAUCGGAAGAGUUUGCCGACCCGGACACGGCGGACCUCGAGGCGGACCACGUUGACGACGACGCCGAGAUCGACAGCGACGAAGCCUUUGGGGAAAGCGACGUCGAACUGGCCAAGCGCUUCAAGUUUGGCGGAGGGGCCUCGAAGCCGCAGGAUCUGAAGAGCCGCAUUGCAAAGAGGCCUUCUGCCGCUGACUUCAUGUCUGGGUCGGAAGACGAGGGGUUCAGCGGAGAGCAGGAAGGAGAGGACGCCUCUGAGAAUGACUCCGAAUUGGACGGCCUGGACGACGCACCACUCUCCGGCAGCGAGGGGGACGAAGCUGGCGAGGAUGAGGACGAUGAGGACGAGGAUGACGAGGAUGGCGAGGACGAUGAGGACGAGGAUGACGAGGAUGGCGAGGACGAUGAGGACGAGGAUGACGAGGAUGGCGAGGACGACGAGGGUGAUGAAGAGGGUGGGGAUGAUGGGCCCGUUGACGACAAUGACGACCAGCGUGCCGAGCUCCGCAAGAUCAUGAGCGAAGGCGAGAAGAGCAUCGUGGCUGCCAUGUCACAAGCUGCCAAAGCGGACGCAGACAAGGGCGUGGCGGUGCGCCUGCAGCGCCGGGAAUUCGACUCCAUCCUGAACCUCCGUAUCCGACUUCAAAAAGCGCUGGUGGCGGUGAACUCGUUCGGAGUGGUGGAGGCCAGCAACGAGACCGAUAUGGAGCCGUACCAAGCGGCUGAAGAAGCCGCCAUCAAGCUUUGGAACACUAUCGACAGUGUCCGGCACAGUCUUGGAUCAGAGAGCAAGGCAAAGGCUGGGGAGAAGAGGAAGCGAGAGGAAAUCGACCUGGACACGCCAAGCGAAGCCAUCUGGGAGCACAUGGAGACGGUCGAGGGCGCUGCGCUCUCGCACCGGCGAAAGGUGCUGGAUAAGUGGUCUACCAGGGUGCGGAGCUCUGGGGCGGCCGUCUCGACCCGGAGGUUGGGCGAGUCGGCGAAUCAGUCUCUGGCGUCGGUCCUGGACGACCAGCUCCUGAGCAUAGACCGGCUUGUCAAGCGCGCACGAACUCCCCGCUCCUGCGCCCCGGCUCAGGCGGCCAAGAAGGUGGAGGAGGAGGACAAGGACGUUUACGACGAUGCCGACUUCUACCAGCUGCUCCUCAAGGAGCUCGUCGACCAGCGCAGCCUAGACUCGGGUGCGCCGGGCGAGUUCGUGGCGACUGUGCGGUGGGCGGCCUUGAAGGAGGCCAAGACCAGAAAGCUGGUAGACCGCAAAGCAAGCAAGGGGAGGAAGCUGAGGUUCACGGUGCACGAGAAACUGCAGAACUUCAUGGCACCCGAGGACCGCAGAACGUGGGAGGACCAUGCGAUAGACAGGUUUUUAGCCACGCUCUUUGGGCAGACGAUGGAGCUCAAGGAGGACGAGGCGGCAUCGGAAGACGAGAUGGGCGGUGCCAAUGUGGAAGAAGAGGGUCUGCGGCUCUUCCGAGGCUAA